AUGUCCACCGGCGCAUUCACGCCCAUCAACAAAAACACUACCAAGGCCAAGCGAGAUAAGCCACCGUCCUCCGACUCGCCCUUUUCCAACGGACUUGAUACACCGACCAACAGCGAAGUAGAAGACUCUCCGUCGACCAGGGGAAGUUCAUUCGCCUCCCUGGUAAAGUCUCCCAUCACUCCCACAGUUGACUCUGUUACCCACCAACUUCAAGGAGCUGUCGUCACCGAGAUGCCUCUGUCCAACUUUCCCACCAGCACUGGCCAGGAGUCACCUGCACGUGGACCGAGAAACAGGGAUUUUGGACCUAUCGGUCCGAGGCCUAAUCUGCCUUCGACUCCUCAGUCGACCCGCACUCGGGCGGGCGAGAGUUUUGGCUAUAAUCCCUUUGCAUCUCGCCCUGACCUUGCCGGCCGUCGCGACGCCAUCGACUUUGGAACGCGAGGCAGUGUUCUGGGCUCCAGCCAGCAGUCGCCUACUGUCUUUGGUGUGCUGCGUCAGCCUCACACCCCAGCGAGAAACACUUCAUGGUCACAACGUCCAUUGUUUUCAUCCAGCAUCGGUGCUAGCAGUCGUGGCUCGGCUAUCUUCAGUCCCCCCUCCAACCGCAGCUCGUCGGCCGACACCGCAUUUAUCCACUCGCCUCCUUCACCACUUGGCCAGCGUGAAGAGAGAUACUUGCGGUCCCAGUCAGUACAGCAAUCUCCGUUGCAACAAGUACAGCCCCGCGGAUACGCCGGCUCCCUCUUUCCCAUUCGAGCAGACCCGCUCCGGAACGAGACCAACAACAACAACAACAACAACAACAACAACAACAACAACAACAACAACAACAACAACAACAACAACAACAACAUCGAGACCUUCCGUCCCAUGCACACGGUCCAGGUCAAGCAUCACCACAACGGCAGCCUCCAGCACGGACACCAGUCAUCGAACAAGGCCAUACACAACAUCAUGAACGGGUUCAGCCCAAACUACCAGGGAGACACCUCUCUAGCCAACAACCGGUCGGCCAACAUACCCGAGAGCGAGAGCUGCUCGCUCUUCAUCCUGGGCCUGCCGCCGACGCUUACCACGACGCAGCUUCUGGGCGCGAUCCGCAACACGGGCCGCGUGUGGGCCUCGCACAUCAACAUGCCCGAGCCGUCGCGCGGUCACACGACGUGCGCCGCCAAGGUCAUCUUCUUCGAGCGCGCCGCCGCCCAACGCUUCUACGCCGCCCACCAGCCCCACAACGGCGGCUUCGUCACCGAUCCAUCCUCGGGCCUGCCGCCCGCCCGCGUUCUGUGGAACCGCAUCCGCUCCGCCGAGGUGGGGGCCUCCAACACGACAGCCGGUGGCGGCGGCGGCGGGCCCGGAUCCGGCGGCAACAAGUCGCGGGUUCUGCUCAUCUACGGACCCAAGCGGUUGGUCAACGAGCCGUCGCUCACGGCUUACUUUGCCAGCAAGAUGGAGUUUCAGAUCGAUCGGGCCUUUGAGCUGGCCAGCUGCGUCGACCCGGUGACUGGCCAGGUCAUGGUGCUGUUCGAGUACCGCUUCGGCAGCUUCCGGUGCCAGGCCGAGGCGGCCAAGAUGUCGCUCAGUCGCGAGUUCAAGGAUGAGAUCAAGGUCUGGUACGGCGACGACCCGUGCGCCCCCGGAGGCGUCGACCCCGACGUAGCCCCUCGUAGUCCAGUCGUGAACUUGUGGCCUACAAGUCCGCAGGUCCCGCAGCCUCGGAAGGUUGAUGGCUGCAACUACCACCAGUAA